CGCCAAACGCCCUCUAGCUACAUCAACAACGAGCGACCCCUUUUUUCUUGGACUUGCACCUACAUGUAACAGCGAUUCAAGUUGAUUGAUGUGGCCUUGAUAGUUUCUGUUUUUUCCAAGAUUCUCCUUGUCGCUUCCAGCGCAUUACCCAGUCCUUGCCGACCAAGGGUCUACGGUUACCAUGUCGCAACUAGACACCGAGAAGCUGGGUCUCGUUUUCCAGUCUCGCCCAGACAUUCUUGACGGGAUAAGGGAAGCUGCAGAUAGUCCCGGGCGCAUCGAUCUCUUCAACAACAUCGCCGCUUUUGUUCUGGAGCAGCUCACCGCCGACGCUGCAGACCAACCAGUCUCGAAACGCCGCCGUGUCGAUGUCGACCAGACUAACGGGACAUCUAACGGCCAUGUGAAGACCGAGGGAACAUCAUCAACAGACAUUGUCGCAGAGGCUGCCGCCGAGGAGCUGCAGCUCGAGAUCAAGGACGUCUCGGUGUCGAUUCCUCAACGCAAAAAGUACAACUUGUGCCUCACGAAGCACUUCAUAUUCGCGCGAACCAAUGCGGACCCAAAACCAGUGACGGGCAUGGUAUGGCGGUGGGAAGAUAUAGAGCACGUCUUCUUCCUUCCCGUGCCAGAAAAGACACAACAACAAUUCAACUACGUCUUCCUCCCGCGCGGAACCUACCUCCCGACUUCCAACAACCAGAGCACCACUGGCGGAAAACCAUCACAACCCUCCUCGUCUGCAGCUGCAGAACCGCUUCUCUUCACAAUCCCGCUGGCAGCCCCAAAACCAGGCAGCCUCGCCGGCAAGGUCGCUGCCCAGGCUCAGGUCGCCGCCGACAGCUACAGCAGCCUUGUGAAUUGGGCUGUGCCCCAGUUCCUGCGCGCCGCCGCCACCCGCCUGGGACUCUCGUCCCCUGUAGAGAUCGUUGCGUCGGACCCGAAGCAGUUCGCCAGCGCGGUGCGACAAUCUCACCGGCCCAGCGAGAAGGCGGUGCACGUCAAGGCGUUCCGAGGCAGCAAGGACGGGUACCUUUUUUUCCUCCGGACGGGGAUUCUCUGGGGCUUCAAGAAACCGCUCGUGUUUCUACCGCUCGACCGAAUCGUCUCUGUGAGCUACACAAGCGUCCUGCAGCGGACGUUCAACAUGGUGGUCGAGGUGGACGUUGGAGACGGAGCCACCGAGGAGCUCGAGUUCAGCAUGCUGGAUCAGGAGGACUAUGGCGGCAUCAACCAGGACUACGUGCACAAGUACAACCUGCAGGACCGGAGCAUGGCGGAGCAGAGAAAGGCCAAAAGAGAGCUGGCGGAGAACGCCAAGAAGGGAGGCGCUGGAGCAGCGGCGGGUGAAGAUGGCGAGGAUGCGGCAGCAGAUGGCGAUACGAACAUGGGCGAGCUGCAAAAGGCGGAGAUGGAGGAGGAGCAACGCCUCCAGGACGAGGAGGAUGAGGAUGAGGAAGACUACGAUCCCGGUAGCGAUGGAGACAGUGAGGGAGAAGGGACGAGCAGCGAAGAGGAAGACGGCGACGGCGACGGUGGUGGUGACGAUGACGAUGCUGAUGAUGAUGACGAUGAGGGAGAAGAUGAUUUAUGA